ACAGCAGGUAAUUUGGAGGCCUCGAUAAGCCUAGAUAUCCGCGAAUAUCCUCAUAUCUAUGGAUGUUCAUAAUUAACACGGUAAUCGGUGCGUCGUCAUCAGACUCGAAAAUGGUUACGUAUUAAGCAGAUAGUUUUUCUCCAAAUUUCGUUGUGUUUUUCGAGGAAAGAAGAGGAAAACCAAUUUAACCUGUUCGUCCGGUUUUAUCUCAUCAUUUUCCUCUGUUUAUAGCGCACGUGAUCACACAGGAACGAAUACAACUCGCAUUAAACGAAGGAUAUAAAUACUAGAAUAGUAGAAUAACAAAUUACGCCUUUAAAGAAGCGACGUUUAGUUGCGAUAUAACAGUUGGGAGCUAACCAUAGUUGGAGAUAAGACCUAGAAUAGGAAAAGAUAAUCAAGAAUAGCGAUCACAAUAGUGUGCAGAUUCGACCGAGUUUUUCCAGUUCACACUGUCGCCAAUGUGUCCGUAUCUCCGGACGGCCGGAGAGCAACGCAACGCGAACGCACAGAAUUCAUUGCGCACCACACCGGAGCAUAUUUACCAAACGGCACGUUACGCGCACGUCAGUCACCAUAAAAAAGCGGCACGAAAGAGCUGUCCAUCUUAAUCGCGCGUCCGACCGUAGGUUCGUCCGUCGAACGAUGUGAUCGUCAAAAGUGCAGCGUAUCAACUCGCUCUCAUCACGCUACGUUUCUGACGCCGACGCGUGAUAUUCGGAAUUAUUCUGACGUGUACUUCCCGAAACGGAAGGAAAAGAGACCGGGGAGGAAGACGCUAUCGUAAGGCCACGGGAAACUUGAAAUCUGUCGGAACGGAUGCCGAGUGUCCUGUAGAAAGGAUCUUCGAAGGAGCGCGAGAGAGAACGAGUGAACUGCGAAGACCUCCAGCAGACAGAGAAAACCCACGGAAAAUCCAACCGCGAAGUACAGCAAAAUGUGCGAGGGGUGCUGCUGGUGAAACCUCCAUGUGCGAAUGUAUAGACGCCGAAUAUGGGGGCGAGCCUACUCGUUGUAAUACUCAUGGUAUUGUCCGCGUCGGCGAAUAACAUCAACGAACAAUGCAAAAUUCACAAUGGGACGAGGAUUAUGUGCAGUUGCAUCGGAAACGAGGAGUUUUUACUGCCAGACGAGUACAAUUAUAUAAACAUUGUCAGCGUAACCAUCGCGGGAUGCAGGUCAGUGAACCUUCAUUAUUCUAGUCUACCGGAGGCGACCGGUCUCAAGGAGAUAACAGUCCAGAACAUCAGCGACAGUCUCAACUUCGACGUUUACAUCACGUCGAACAAGAUGAAGAUGAUCAAACUGUCGGACAUCGGCUGGAUACCGUCGAUCAUGAGUCACACGUUCAUCUCCUUGACGAGCAUCGACAUGUUGAUAAUCGAGAAUACGCACAUCAUCGAUUUCAAGGAGAACUUCAGUUACGUUAACGUGUCACACUUUGUCAUGAGGAACGUCACGAUCGAGCACGUGAACCAGCUGAAUCUGCCGGAGAAUGGCAGGACGUUGUACAUAAUGGACAGCGAGCUGUGGAACAUCACAACAUCUUUGACCUUCACCAACAUCCACAUCAUCGAGAUCAUCAACUCCAAGUUCAGGCUGCAGAAGUCGAAUCUGGUGUCCAUCCUGGGCGACAACGUGGCCGUCAAGGACAGCGUAUUCUUGGACUCAAGUAUGAGCCUGAACGCAGCCACCGCCACGGUACACGGCAUUUGCGCGGACGGCAAGAGUACCCUCAGAUUGUCGUCCAACGUCAUCGACAGCAUCAACAACCGGCUGCCCAACGAAAUAGUCUAUCUCACGCGGGACAAUCGGCCCGCCAUGCCGGGGUCCUUCCUAAAUCAGAACAACACGGUCUGCAAAGCGGGCAACUGCAAAUGCCUGAAGAUCAGCGGACAGGCACCGUAUUUCGCGGCUCAUGUCUCGCUCCUCAUCGUUGGGUGCCUGUUGAUAUCGCUGUUUCGAUGACUCGUCCUUGAAUAUUACGCCUUUUCGCGUUAAAUCUCACAUCGCGAUGAUGUAAACCGCAAAAACAAAAUGAUCUUAACGAUAUAAUCCACGAGAGAAUCUCUUGGUUGAAUAAAACUAGUUUGCAAGAAGCGGCUGGCUCGUUUCUAUCGAUUGUUUAUUACACAGAGAGAACAAAUAUUUAAGAAAUAAAAAAAUAUUUAUUUGAUCAGUACUAAUAACAUAUUUACUUGUACUGAUGUGUACAUAUUUUUACAUUGAAAAAAGUUUUUUUUCGCACGAGGAAAUAUAUAUUUUUUCGAAACCGUUGUUUUUGAAGAAAACAUUUUGUUUAUUUUUUUAAACAAAAAGAAUUUGGAUUUAAGAAAAUCGGUAUCCAUCAAAUAAAUCUUUUUUUAUUUUUUCGAUGUUCUUUUUCUCAGUGUAUAUAGUAGAUAUCGUUGAAGAAGAUGGGUCUGCGUCUAAAUCGCGAAAUAAACUCGUACACAUAUACACAUAUAUUCGGGAUUCACAAAGUAUCUUUAUUUUAUGACAAAAAUUUCAAAUGUCUAAAAAAUCUUUCAUAAAAUCUAUAUCAAUCGCAUCUAUAAGAUGCAUGCAAAUUAAAUAUUCAGCUCGGUGUUUGUAACAAACGUUGCUAUU